AUGGCUGGGAGGCUUUUGAUUGUCCCUCUUGCCGUUGCUCUCCUCGCGGUAGCUGUUGUGGCCAAGGAGCCACUGAAUUCGCUUGUGACGCCGGUAAAUACUAACUUAGCGAAGAACGCCGUGGGCAAGAAUGUGGGUGACAUCCAAGUGCCGCCGCUAGCACGCCCGCUGAUGUCGGCUGGGACAGCGUCCUUUGUGAUCCUCGUGGCGGCGGCAGUGGGCUUCUCCUUUGCCAUGUACUGGUGGUACGCCCUCUCGUUCAUCAAGAUUACCCCUGGUAAGGAUCAGGGCCUGCGCAAUGCCCAUCUCACGGACGAGGUGAUGCGCAACGUAUACGUGAUUUACACUCGCAUAUCCGAAGGUGCCACAGCGUUCUUGAUGUCCGAGUAUAAGUACAUGGCUGUGUUCAUGUCUGGCUUCGGCACACUGAUCUUCUUCCUUCUCGGCAUCGCGCUCUCUUCGCCUCAGGAGGGCCACAUGCCACCGCAGUCGCCAUGGAUGAACGCUAGCCUUUCUCUGUUUGCUUUCCUGAUGGGUGCAGUCACGUCAGUGGGGGCAGGCUGGAUCGGCAUGCGCAUUGCCGUGUACACGAACGCGCGCACGGCUGUGAUGGCGACUUCUGGCGGUGAUGACGGCGAUCAGUCCAGUGGUUUUAGGCUCGGCUUCCAGACGGCCUUACGCGGCGGCAUCACGAUGGGCUUUGGGCUCACCUCGAUGGGUCUCUUCGCGCUAUUCGCCACCGUGAAGGUUGUGGCGGCGUACUUUGGCAGCGAUGUCACUACGAUACCGGAGCUGUACGAAUGCGUGGCGGCGUUUGGUCUUGGCGGGUCGGCUAUCGCCUGCUUCGGUCGUGUCGGUGGCGGCAUCUACACCAAGGCUGCCGAUGUUGGCGCUGAUCUUGUGGGCAAGGUGGAGAACAAUAUCCCUGAGGACGACCCGCGCAACCCUGGCGUGAUUGCCGACUGCAUCGGUGAUAACGUGGGUGAUAUUGCUGGCAUGGGCUCUGACCUCUUUGGCAGCUUCGGCGAGGCGUCAUGCGCUGCACUCGUCGUGGCGGCCGGCUCUGCUGAGCUGACGGCCUCCUUCACAUUCAUGAUGUACCCGCUGCUCAUCACGGCCGUCGGUGUGCUCGUGUGCAUUGCAGUGGCCACUAUAGGUGCCACAAAUAGCGGUGUGCACCGCUCUCACGACAUCGAGCCGGCCCUGAAGCGUCAGCUGCUGUUGUCGACGGUCGGCGCGACGGUGAUGCUGAUCCUCCUCACGGAAGUGGCGCUGCCGCCGACCUUCAACGUGGGCGACAUGGUGAGUUCUCGCUGGGGCGCCCUCAUCUGCGUCUUGUGCGGUCUCUGGUCUGGCCUUGUCAUCGGCUAUACAACCGAGUACUACACCUCCAAUGCCUACCGCCCAGUGCAGGAGAUUGCGGAGGCAUGCGAGACAGGUGCCGCUACGAACAUCAUCUACGGUCUGGCACUCGGUUACCUUUCUGUGGUGCCCCCGAUCCUCGCCAUGUGCACGACGAUCUAUGUGUCCUACCGCAUGUGCAGCGUAUACGGCUUUGCCCUCGCCGCGCUCGGUAUUCUCUCGACGAUGUCCAUCGCCCUGACGAUCGACGCGUACGGCCCCAUUUCCGAUAACGCCGGCGGUAUUGCGGAGAUGUCGCACAUGGGUCACGAGAUUCGCGAGAUCACGGAUGCGCUGGAUGCGGCUGGCAACACAACCGCUGCCAUCGGCAAAGGCUUCGCCAUUGGCUCGGCUACGCUUGUCGCGCUGGCACUCUACGGCGCCUACGUGUCGCGUGUGGCGAUCCCCGUGGUGAACAUCCUCGACGCGCGCGUGAUGCCUGGCCUGCUCUUCGGCGCCAUGCUGCCGUACUGGUUCUCCGCAAUGACGAUGAAGUCUGUCGGCGUUGCGGCAAUGGACAUGGUGAACGAAAUUCGCCGUCAGUUCCAUGAUCCUGAGGUGGCUGAGGGCCGCAAGGAGCCAGACUACGAGAGCUGUGUGGCCAUUGCCACUAAGGCUGCACUGAACCAGAUGAUUCCGCCAGCGGCGCUGGUGAUGCUGUCCCCGAUCCUGAUGGGCAUUCUCUUCGGGAAGUACACUCUGGCCGGUAUGCUGCCCGGCGCGAUUGUGUCAGGCGUGCAGAUGGCUAUCUCCGCCUCCAACACCGGCGGUGCGUGGGACAACGCGAAGAAGUAUAUUGAGCAGGGUGGCCUGCGCGACAAAAACAAGGGCAAAGGCUCCCCGCAGCACGGCGCCGCCGUCAUCGGUGACACCGUCGGCGACCCGCUCAAGGAUACCUCUGGCCCGGCGCUCAACAUUCUCAUCAAGCUCAUGGCCAUCAUUUCCGUUGUGUUUGCACCGGUGUUCCAGUCGAAGAUGGGCGGCAUUCUGCUGAAUCUCAUCGAAUAG